AUGCUGUCGUACGACCAGGAAAGACUCGACCACACGCCGUGGGUCGAAAAGUACCGCCCCAAGAAACUCGACGACGUGGCGUCGCAGGACCACGCCGUUCGCGUGCUCCAGAAAACCCUCCAGCUGGCCAACUUGCCACACAUGCUCUUCUACGGCCCGCCUGGAACCGGCAAAACAUCCACGGUGUUGGCGCUUGCCAAACAGCUCUACGGCCCGCGGUUGUACCGUCUGCGGGUGCUUGAGCUCAACGCGUCGGACGAACGAGGCAUUCUGAUAGUGCGCCAGAAGAUCAAAAACUUUGCCCGGCUCACGGUGUCGAACCCGUCGCCCGAGGACUUGCGCGAGUACCCGUGUCCGCCGUACAAGAUCAUCAUCUUGGACGAGGCCGACUCCAUGACCAACGAUGCGCAAUCGGCGUUGCGGCGCACCAUGGAAAACUACUCGGGCGUGACGCGUUUCUGCUUGAUUUGCAACUACAUCACGCGCAUCAUCGACCCGUUGGCGCUGCGGUGCUCCAAGUUCCGCUUCCGCCUGUUGGACGGCGAAAACGCCUUGCUGCGCUUGCGCUAUGUCGUGGAGCAGGAACACAUCCCGCUUGCGCUGGAUCUGGUGCUCAAUGACAUUUUGGCCGUCUCGGGCGGCGACUUGCGGAAAGCCAUCACGUAUUUGCAGUCGGCCACGCGCCUGGGCGACGCUGGCGGCGUUUCGCUGGCCAAAAUCAAGGAGAUUUCGGGCGUCGUGGAUGAUGCGCUGAUGGAGACUUUGGUCGGGGCCAUUCGGGCGAAAAACCCAAAGCAGAUUGCUCAGGUGGUCAAGGACACCGUCCUCGAGGGCUGGAGCGCCCAGCAGACGGCGGCACAGCUCCACGAUGUGUUUCUUCUUGACGACGCCUUGUCCUCGCAGGAAAAGAACGACAUUGCCCGUCUUUUGUUUGAAACAGACAAGCGCUUGAACAGUGGAACCGACGAGCAUAUCCAAUUGUUGAACUUGUCUCUUCAGAUCGCAGGUGCAUUGGCAUGA